GGAGCGAGUCGCUGAGCGCGAGUCGGAGGCUGGGCGUCUGCAGAAGCGGUCCUCGGUGCGAGCUGGUGUCUCUCUUCUGGAAGAGGUCUGGGGUGGCGACUGCGGACGAUGCUGUGUUCUCGGCUGCUCUGUGCGUGUCUGUGGCUGGUAACCGGCUACGCACACGAUGACGACUGGAUCGACCCCACUGACAUGCUCAACUAUGACGCAGCCUCAGGAACGAUGAGGAAACCUCAGCCGAAGUCACGAUUUGAAGACUCCUUUGGCGUGGAUCCGUAUAAUGUGUUUAUGGUGCUUCUGUGUCUGCUGUGCAUCGUGCUGUUAGUGGCUAUCAAGCUGUGGACAUAUGUUCGGCAUUAUACCAAGUUCAUAUGUUCUUUAUUGGCACUGGGGGGUACCUUCAUCAACCUUGUCAUGGAUCCAUGGAAGUAUAUUGGAAAAGGAACUGGUCAAUUUGUUACAGCACUCAUGAAGGAGAUCCCGGUGCUCUACCAAGUUGUACUGUUCAUCAUCGUGGCCCUGGGCGUCCUGGGUUUCUGCUAUGGUGCUGGGAACUCACUUCAUUUGCUGAGAUGUUCAGGUGGUCCCAGAAGAGAGCCAUACCAGGGUUUUCAGCCAGGUGACCAGCGCCGGCAGCAGAGAAAUGACUUCAGACCCAGUGGCGGAGCAGGUGAUGCAGACUCUUACUGUGGGGGCCAAAUCGGCCCCUCUGAGCAAGGCCCUUAUGACAGAAUGUCUGAGGGUAAGAGACAUGUUUUGAAAGAGAGAGAUGCUGACUUGAGAAUUCACACUGGCCACGAGAGCCCUGAAGUGCUCCCGGUGUCUGAUUUACCAGAGACGGACAUGAGAGAAACGCCCCAGGUGUCUGAUUUAUCAGACAGAGAGUGGAGAGAAGUGCUUCCAACGUCUGACUUGCCAGACACAGAGACGCGAGAGCGCCCCGAGGUGGUGUCCAGUCCCAGAGGGACUGGUGGAGGCCCAGGAGAACACUCACCCUCGGAGAGGCACUGGAGCACUGCAGGCAGCCGGCCCCCCCUGAGCUCACCUCUGGCCGGGAGGCCUCAGGGAGCGUGGACGGCUCGGCAGCAGCAGGGAAGGCCCAGCUCCAGACUGAUGCCAAAGGCAGCCCCGAGGAGGGCAGCACCGCCAGCCCGGCAGGCCCGGCUGCCGGAGCCGCAGGAGCCGCAGGAGCAGCAGGUGGAAGGGACCCGCCCGGUGGCCCGUGUGUCUAGAGGAACUCGGACUCGAACCGCAGCUUGGAGGCGGUCUUUUUGUGUUGGGAUUUUGUGA